AUGGCGAAAAUCUGGAUCUGGGGCAUGCCUGCGACAGGUGACCUGAAGCGCCCAUUCAAGCCACCAGCGGGUUUGUUUUCAGGGAUGCAACAACAAAAUGGCCCGCAAACCGAUAAGGCAUCCGUCAAGGAGGCUGAACAUGUGGCUGCGUCGAUCCGAGCCAAGGCCGAAUAA